AUGCCAAACUUGAAUCAAAAGCAAAUAGAAGAGUAUUUAGCUCUAAUAAAUGAUGGAGAGAGGUCGGAAGAUGAUCUUGAGGAGUCGGAUACAGAAGGUCAUGAGAAUUUUUGUGAAAAUCGAGACGAUUUGCUUCACGAUCUUGAGAGUCCAUUAGAAGAGGAAAAUGAUGACCCCGAUAAUGAUCCAUUCAUGGCAGGAGACCCGCCAUUGAUAAAUGAAGCUACAGCAAAUGAUCAAGUGCCACAGGUUCCAUUCCCCUCAACAAGUCAAGCUAGUCGCCGAGCAACUAUGAGAGGACUCGUAUGGAAGGUAAAAAAAUUUGUUUUGAAUUCUGACCAGACAGCUUUUCAUGGAGACACUACAUACCCACCAGAACUGAAGGAUGAGGCUACUACUGAGCAAGCGAAAGAUCGAAAUGAGCUUAUCAAUUUAAGAGACAUGUAUUGUGGUCUCAUGUAUCCAAGCACAAAACUAUUCAACUUACUGGAUAUAAUAGAAGAAACAGUUUUAUAUGUUGUCGGCAAAAUGUUAAAUAGAGGAAGGAAAUUAGUGGCAGCGUGUAUAAAGAACCAUUCGCCACCAGAAGACUUAAUCACCCCUGCUGACUUAUAA